CCGACCUUCUUUUUUUAGUCACCGGCAUUUCAGCACGAUCACUGCCGGUCGGGACUUCAGUCGGCCUUUAUUAACGUAGUAUAUUUAUCUUUUUUUAUUUACACUUUGUUUACAAGAUGCCAGGAUUUUCAGACAGAGAUCGUGGUAGAGACAGAGGGUAUGGCAGCGGUCCCCCACGGUUUGGCGGUGGCGGUGGAGGCGGCCGGGGAGGCGGGGGUGGAAAAUUUGGUAAUCCUGGAGAAAGGCUGCGUAAGAAGCACUGGAACCUCGACGAACUACCCAAGUUCGAAAAGAACUUUUACCAACCGCACCCCGAUGUCACUCGGAGAUCCCCGCAAGAGGUGGAACAGUACAGAAGAACCAAGACUGUCACAGUGAAGGGCAGAGAGUGCCCCAACCCCAUCAUGAAGUUCCAUGAGGCUAGCUUUCCAUCCUACGUGAUGGAUGUGAUCAACAAGCUGAGCUGGACUGAGCCAACCCCCAUCCAGGCUCAGGGCUGGCCGCUGGCCCUCAGUGGGAAGGACAUGGUGGGCAUCGCCCAGACCGGCUCUGGGAAGACCCUCUCUUACCUGCUGCCAGCCAUUGUGCACAUCAACCACCAGCCCUUCCUGGAGCGUGGAGACGGACCCAUCUGCCUGGUGCUUGCCCCCACCAGAGAACUGGCUCAACAGGUCCAGCAGGUGGCAGCAGAGUAUGGCCGAGCAUCCCGCCUCAAGUCAACAUGCAUCUAUGGAGGGGCGCCCAAGGGACCCCAGAUCCGUGACCUGGAGAGAGGUGUGGAGAUCUGUAUCGCUACCCCCGGCAGGCUCAUCGACUUCCUGGAGUCUGGGAAGACCAACCUGCGCAGGUGCACAUACCUGGUGCUGGACGAGGCCGACAGGAUGCUGGACAUGGGCUUCGAGCCGCAGAUACGGAAGAUUGUAGACCAGAUCCGUCCUGACCGUCAGACCCUCAUGUGGAGCGCCACCUGGCCCAAGGAGGUGCGCCAGCUGGCGGAAGACUUCCUGAAGGAGUAUGUCCAGAUCAACGUGGGUGCUCUGCAACUCAGCGCCAACCACAACAUCCUGCAGAUUGUAGAUGUCUGCAACGACGGCGAGAAGGAGGACAAACUGCUGCGUCUCCUGGAGGAGAUCAUGAGCGAGAAGGAGAACAAGACCAUCAUCUUCGUGGAGACGAAGCGCAGGUGUGAUGAGAUCACCAGGAGGAUGAGGAGGGAUGGUUGGCCAGCAAUGGGUAUCCAUGGUGACAAGAGCCAGCAGGAGAGAGACUGGGUGUUGAAUGAGUUCAAGUACGGCAAAGCCCCCAUCCUCAUCGCCACUGAUGUGGCCUCCAGGGGUCUAGAUGUGGAGGACGUGAAGUUUGUCAUCAACUACGACUACCCCAACAACUCAGAGGACUAUAUUCACCGUAUCGGCCGGACGGCUCGCAGCCAGAAGACGGGCACUGCCUACACCUUCUUCACGCCCAACAACAUGCGCCAGGCAGGGGACCUGGUGGCCGUGCUCCGCGAGGCCAACCAGGCCAUCAACCCCAAGCUGCUCCAGAUGGCCGAAGACAGAGGAGGGCGUUCAAGGGGAGGCAGAGGUGGCGGGUUUAGAGACGACCGGCGCGACCGCUACUCGUCCGGAGGCAGGCGAGACUUUGGCGGUAGUUUUAGGGAUCGGGACAGCGAUAGAGGUUUCGACAGCGGAGCAAAGAAGGUGUUUGGCACCAACACACAGAAUGGGGGCUACGGCAGCGGGGCUAACGGGUUUGGGGGUGGGGCAGGGGGCGGAGGGGGCUACGGGAGCAACGGACAGUCCAGCUACAGCUCUGGCCAGACGGGGGCAUUCGGGGGGCAGAGCUUCCAGGCCACGCCCUUCUCUGCGCAGGGGGGUGGGCAGAAUGGCCUGAGCCAUGCCCCCUUCCCCUUCCCCCAGACUCCUCAGCAGCCUGCCCCCCCCAUGGUGCCCUACCCCAUGCCCCCACAGUUCCCACAGUAACCUGCCCCCACAAUAACCAACCAACGCACAUUCAAGUCAAGAAGUAAUUUAUUUUGCUUUUUUGGUCCUGUUUUUAAGUCCUGUUAUUUACUCUAUCCAGAAUAUUGUACUGUUUUAUUUUUCUUAUUUACACAACAGGGUUUAGAAACUCUAUCGAGUCCUGAGGGAGGGGUCUGCAGUGGUGACGGCACACUUCUCUGGCUUUUCUUUUAUUUAAUUUGUUACAUUCCUCAGUAACGUUAGUUUUGUUAUUUUGUACUAGUUAAUUGCAAGUGUAUUGGUUUUUCCACCUGUACUGUUUAAAAUGUUUAAAUCUUAACUGGAUGGCACUGCAUGGCCCUCCAAAUAAAACUCCAAAAGAA